CGCAUCACGGCCGUUUCCGGCGCGGGCCGUUCGAAGGCGGGCGGUAUGGCGGAGCUGGACUCGUCGCUGUCGCUGCUGGAGGUGGGCGGCGGGUGGGACGCGGCGGAGGCGGCGGAGGCGGCGGCGGCGGGGAGGCGGUCGCCGCAGCAGCCUCAGCAGCCUCAGCCGCAGCCACCGCCUGCCGGGCAGGCGGAGGGCGACGAGGAGGACCUGAUGCCCAUGGUGUUCCUGUGCGCCGGCUGCAAGCGGCCCGUGGGCGACACGCUGAGCUGGGUGACCAACGACGAGGAGACGGGCUGCGUCCUGCUGCGCAGUGCCUCCGCCAGCGUCUCGGUGGACAAGGAGCAGAAGCUGUCCAAGCGGCCCGGCGAGUGCGGAUGUAUGAUUGAAACAUUGUUCUGCUCUGGCUGCUCGAUGACGCUCGGCAACAUCUACAGAUGCACCCCGAAGCAUCUUGACUACAAGAGGGAUUUAUUCUGUUUCAGCGUUGACUCGAUUGAAAGUUACGUUUUAGGAUCUUCAGAAAAGCAGGCUGUUACUGAUGAAGAACCUUUAACUCUCGAAAGCCGAGCUGCCUUGGGAGAAGCACUAGAAAGGGCAGACACCAUACUAAAGGCUCUGGAGGCAAGACUGACUGCUGUUGAAUCGAGUAUUGAUUCUCUUCACAAUAAUCUUUGAAAGAAAACUUCCUGCAUCUAAACUAACUGCUGGAGAAGGAUACGUGUGAAACUUGUCCUUCUAAUACUUUGGAAUCUGUGGGAACACUGUGAAAGCUGAGUGAAGAAAUGAAAGACAAAAGUGGCUCAUGUUGCAGUAGAACAAUACUGGCUACAAUUCUUCACCACAGAUGAGGAGUUUCCUCUAAAGAGAAUACCCCAAGAAGAAUUUUUAAAUGGUGUUUCUAUAGACUUUUGUUUCAUAUGUAAAUAUUUAUUAAAAUUUUUACCUCUGAAAGCAAAGCAUUUAUCUCCUAAUUUCGCUGCAAACCUAUAUCUGCUGAACUGGGUUUGUAUCCUUCCUAAACUAAUUAAAAAUAAAAAAAAAAAUAAAACUGUGACUGUAGUUGAAGUAGCAAUAUAGGUCACUUUCUUGUCUCUCAAGCCUUUGCUUGACCUGUGCUCAGAGACAAAAAUGGUCCAGUAACAUUUUGCUAGGUCAAGGCUAAAAUGAAAUAACUGUAAAGAAGACUUUAAAAGCAUUUGAUUAAAUGGCUUUCCGUGCAAUAUUGAAGGUCAUGUGUGACAGCUUCAAGGGAAGGAAAACAAACAAGGCUGGUAGCAGCACACCUUUAAGCAAAGCCUGAUGUAUGUUUGAGCAGUGAAUUCAAUGUUAAUUAAGAAUGAUUGUCAUUACUUUGUUUCAGUGUAGAUAUUUUGGCUUUUACUUUGUUCUUCUGUGUAGUUAACCAUUAGGGUUUCUCAUAUGGUGUUUGUGUUCUCAGUGAUUUUUUUUCACCAAUAAAACAAAAGAAAAGCA